CGCGAGGCGCUUCUAUCAGUCAGCUUCCGGCCCGCUGCGCUUCUCAUCUCCGCUUUCGCUUCUGCAGCGCGCGCGCCGCCCAACCAUGCUUCCUGCAUCCUCAUAUGUAGCCUCUCGGAGCCCGCACCGGGUGUUCGUGGUAGGGGUUGGGAUGACCAAGUUCAUGAAACCUGGAGGUGAGAAUUCAAGAGAUUACCCUGACAUGGCUAAAGAAGCAGGCCAGAAGGCAUUAGCUGAUGCACAGAUUCCUUAUUCAGAAGUGGAACAUGCAUGUGUUGGCUACGUUUAUGGUGACUCUACCUGUGGGCAGAGAGCUAUCUACCAUAGUUUGGGUCUGACUGGAAUUCCUAUAAUCAACGUCAACAAUAACUGUGCUACUGGCUCUACUGCUUUGUUUAUGGCCCGGCAGCUGGUUCAGGGUGGUGUGGCAAACUGUGUCUUGGCUCUUGGGUUUGAGAAGAUGAAGAAAGGAUCUCUUACAGUUCAGUCAUUUUCAGAUAUGACCAAUCCACUGGAUAAGCAUCUUGAAGUCCUGAUCAAUAAGUAUGGAUUAUCCCAGCAUCCAAUUGCUCCUCAGAUAUUUGGGGCUGCUGGAAAAGAGCACAUGGAGAAAUAUGGAACCAAAGUUGACCACUUUGCAAAAAUUGGAUGGAAAAAUCAUAAACAUUCAGUUAAUAACCCGUACUCCCAGCACCAGGACUAUUACAGUUUAGAUGAAGUGAAGAAAUCGCGUGAAAUUUUUGAUUAUUUGACUGUCUUACAAUGUUGUCCCACUUCAGAUGGUGCCGCAGCAGCAGUUUUGGCUAAUGAAGCAUUUGUACUGAAACAUGGUCUACAAUCCAAAGCCGUGGAGAUUUUGGCCCAAGAGAUGGUGACUGAUUUACCAAGCACAUUUGAAGAAAAAAGCGUUAUUAAAAUGGUUGGCUUUGAUAUGAGUAAAGAAGCUGCCAGAAAGUGUUAUGAAAAAACUGGCCUACGACCAAGUGAUGUUAAUGUCAUAGAACUUCACGAUUGCUUCUCAAGCAAUGAACUUCUUACUUAUGAAGCACUGGGACUCUGUCCAGAAGGACAAGGUGGACAACUGGUUGACAGAGGAGAUAAUACUUAUGGAGGAAAGUGGGUUAUAAAUCCAAGUGGUGGAUUGACUUCAAAGGGACACCCACUGGGAGCUACAGGUCUGGCUCAGUGUGCUGAACUCUGCUGGCAGCUGAGAGGGGAAGCCGGAAAAAGGCAAGUUCCUGGUGCAAAGGUUGCUCUGCAGCAUAAUUUUGGCCUUGGAGGAGCUGCAGUUGUCACGAUCUACAGGAUGGGUUUUCCUGAAACUGCCCGAACUCAUCAAAUUGAAGCUGCUCCAACCAGCUCUGCAGCUAAUGGAUUUAAAGCAAGUCUUGUUUUUAAGGAGAUUGAGAAGAAGCUUGAAGAGGAAGGAGAGCAGUUUGUGAAGAAAAUUGGUGGCAUUUUUGCCUUCAAGGUGAAGGAUGGUCCUGGGGGCAAAGAGGCUACCUGGGUAGUGGAUGUGAAGAAUGGCAAAGGUUCAGUGCUUCCUAACUCAGAUAAAAAGGCUGACUGCACCAUCACAAUGGCUGACUCAGACUUACUGGCUUUGAUGACUGGUAAAAUGAAUCCCCAAUCAGCCUUCUUUCAAGGAAAAUUGAAAAUCACUGGCAACAUGGGUCUGGCGAUGAAGUUACAAAAUCUUCAGCUUCAGCCUGGCAAAGCUAAGCUGUGAAGAACCCUUCUUACCUACUUUUGAAAGUCAAGAUGCAAUCUAUAGAUAUUUGUAUACCCACAUAUUUCAUGGUCAAAAUUUAGACUGAAACUACACAUUGACAAAUAGCAUGAGAUUUGUUUUUAAAUGGGUGUGAUCAAGUUUGUUUUUCCUAACUCUGGGUGAAUAGAGCCUAAUGGUAUAUUACUGCUUUGCUGAAUUAUAUACACCUGUGUGUUACAAAUUUAAUAUGGUAAUUAUGAUUUGGGGGCAAAUUGAGCUUCAGAAUAAAAUUAGGAACAGCAAAAUCCAAAAUCAUGUAAACAAAAGCUCUCACUUUGCUUACAAAGUGAUAUAUGUAGGGAUUAUUUUGCUGAAGAUUCAGUUGAAGUAUUCCUUGGGAGAACUAGGGAAGAAACAGACUACCAGUAGUAGCUGGCCUGGAAUUUAGUGUUGUGCACUUAACAAUCUUGAUCUAUUUUACACUACUGUUUUUUAAAGUUCUGUAAUAGGUUUAAAGAAAAAAAAAUAUGAAUCUUGCAUUUUUGCCACCAGAAAUAGGUAUUUUCUUUCCAAAUCAAAAUAAAGAAAUGAUCAGAACUUGGGUGGAAAAAGUAUCUAUAACUGAACACAGGCCUAUUUUUAAAAUGAAAAUAUCUUUCAAUGGAUUCCCUUCUUGAAAAUAUCAGUGUAUUAGAAUUACAGCAUGCUAUUGUUAAAAAUAGUUUGAGCAGAUAAUUUGCUUGAGAUGCACUUUUCAAAUUAUAAUCUCAUAUUAACUAAAUUUGUAUAGCUGUCAAUUCUUUCUCUUUCCUUAUAAGUUUAAUUAUUAACAUUAAUUUUUCUUCCUAAUUUUUCUAAUGCCAAUGUUAAUUCUGGUAAUUCAGUAAGAUAUUGGUAAAAUAAUACUUUUGGAGGAAUGUUUAAUAGAAAAUUAAAAUAGCAUUUCCUGA